AUGACAGAGUAGUCACUAAUUGUACAAAACUCCCGCCUUACUGAAAUGAACCCUAAAUCCAACAAUCCAAAUUGUGAUCCCAUCAGCCAAUAAUCCAAACCCCAAAUACAGGAAAAAUGCCUGAAUCGAAACUAUCAGAAUCGGAAUCUGAAGAUAAAGCUUCGUCGAAGGAGGAAACCGAUAAUGGAACUGCAAACGAGAAAGACACGCCUUUAGAUCAGGAGAAAGCAUCAGAGUAUGAGAAGCAGAGAUUGCAGAGAAUCGAAGACAAUAAUAGAAGAAUGGAGGCUCUGGGACUGCGCAAAAUGGCAAUUAAUCUCAUGGGAUCUGCUCCAAAAACCCAUAACAAGAGUAACGAUAAAAAGGGCAAUAAGAAAAUUGUGGAUGAAGACGAGGAGUAUAAUCCAACUCAAGAAGAUGAGGAAAUCAGCUGUUCAGAAGAUGAUGAUGAUAACGAGUUUUCACCCUCGAAGAAGACAAAGAUGAAGAAAAAUAGUACUAUUCCUAAGAAGCGAGGCCCCAAUAAUCUUGACACGGAUUUUGUGGAUGAUGAUGAUGCCUUAAUGCAAGCAAUUGCGCUAUCUUUGCAAGAUACUGAAACUUCUGGGGCUCAUGUUCUGAACACUGUACCUUCCGAAAAUGAGAAAAGAAGAGAAAAUCUGUCUAUUCAGGAUCGUUCACGAAAGAAGGGAAGAAAACCAGUUAGUAUUUUAUUCGUUCUGAUAACUAGCCGAGUCAAUAUGAAUGAAGAUGAAAUGCUUAUACACUUCUUUCAGUUCGAUGAAUCUGGGAGAGGGAGCUUCUUUCUAAGAGACGUACAGCGACUAGCAGCCACCCAUGACUUUACAUGGUCUGAAAAGGAGAUAGCUGAUAUGAUAUAUUGCUUUGGUAGUGAUGGAGAUGGAAAGAUUAGUUUUGAAGAUUUCCGAAAGAUCGUGGUUAGAUGCAACAUGUUGAAAGCUUCUGAAAAGGAUGCAACUGGUAAGCUAAUCCCACUCUCCUAUCAUGACAUCCAUCAUCUUUGCAGAGCUCUUUUUUUGCAAAUUCAGUGUUUUGAUUUCCACCUGGUGUUUUUAGGUUGAAUCGCAAAGUUUUUAGGUUGAAUACGGGACCUACUUUUCCUUCUAUGGAAAUCCGUGUUCAGGCUAGUCAAUCAUAUAUAUAUAUAUAUACAUGUAAUUGAUUCUUUAUCCUCAAGGCCCUUCUCUAUUUACAAGUGGUGUACAAUUUGUCAUAUUUAUAUUCG